GGGGGUUCCGUCAGCCACGUCACCUACAGGCUUCACGCGCAGGCAGGCAGGAGGAGAGGGACGCGCUCGCGCAGAGCACACCGUUAAUGUCGCGUGGCAAACGGCGCAGUUGCUAGAGAACAGCCGCGGAAAUCCUCACUGAGAUCAGCGCGAGACCUUAUUUAUUUAUUAUUUUAACAUCCGGGUUUCUUUUUCUUUCUUUCUCUGUUUGUUGCUUGUUGAAGCGCGAGGAUGAACGUGUUCCGUCUGGCCGGUGACGUGUCGCAUCUGCUCGCCAUCAUCAUCCUCUUCAUGAAGAUCUGGAGGUCCAAGUCCUGCGCAGGUAUCUCAGGGAAGUCCCAGGUGCUCUUCGCGUUGGUCUUCACCACCAGAUAUCUAGACCUGUUCACUGUCUUCAUCUCCGCAUACAACACUGUCAUGAAGGUGGUGUUCCUGGUCCUAGCCUAUGCGACGGUGUAUCUAAUCUACAUGCGCUUCAGGAACUCGUACGACAGUGAGAACGACUCGUUCCGUGUGGAGUUCCUGUUGGUUCCUGUUGCUGGACUCUCCUUCCUUGAGAACUACGCCUUCACCCCGCUGGAGAUCCUGUGGACGUUCUCCAUCUACCUGGAGUCGGUGGCGAUCUUACCCCAGCUGUUCAUGAUCACUAAGACGGGCGAGGCCGAGUCCAUCACCACACACUACCUGUUCUUUUUGGGACUGUACCGCGCCCUCUACCUGGCCAACUGGGUGUGGCGCUACCACACAGAGGCCUUCUUCGACCAGAUCGCCGUCGUCUCCGGAGUCGUGCAGACCAUCUUCUACUGCGACUUCUUCUACCUCUACUUCACCCGCGUGAUAAGAGGAAGUGGGAAGAUUUCUCUGCCAAUGCCAGUGUGAGGAUCAGUCUUGGCUCCCCCGCUUAUGCGUUUUUCUGUAUCAGCAUUUCUCACUCCACCAACUUCAGCUUAUUUUGCAUUUUAAAGGAACUACAAUUUUUUAUAGUAACUACAAAUCCCAGCCCUGGAGCUCAGCCGCCAUGUUUGAGGAAAAAACAGAAACGUGCCUUAAUGUACAGCAUAAAAAAAGGUUUUUAUUUUAUACAUAAACGCCUUAUUGUUACUCCUCAAGAAGAGAGCACACAUGCUAACGUCUUCCUCCACCCUGUCCCUGAGUGUGUGUGUGAGUGUGUGAGUGAGUGUGUGAGUGUGUGAGUGUGUGUGUGUUAUUAACUGUUCUAUGGGUGCCAAGGAGGGAUAAACUCUAUAUUUCAUGUUUUAUUUGAGUGCACGACCGAGAGCUGUUUUUAUUCCAUCAGUUAUCAGACACUGAUCUAAUCUGUCUAAUCUGUACACUCUCGCUAAUGUAGCAUGUCAGCUAACUACCCCAGCUCUAUAGCCUCCUGUGUCAUUCUUAGGGGUAGCACCAGGCAGAGGAACCAGCUGUAAUGGCGACUGGAAAAGAUUUGUAGUGGUUGCUGAACAUUUUCCUUAGCUAACUAUCAGCGCUAAAACUCCAUGUGUGAUGGAGGAGGUGGUGAUGGUGCUGGAGGUGGCGUUGGACGCGGUGUUGGUGGUGGAGGUAGUGUUGGUGAUAAUGGUGGUGGUAGAUGUGAUGGUGGUGAUGUUGGUGGUGGAGGUGAUGGUGGUGAUGAAGGUGGUGGUCGAGGUGGACUGGGAGACAGUUUGCAUGUUGUUCCUGUUGCAUCUGUUUACAUCCCACGUGUUUACAUCAUGUAUAAGGAAUAAAUCGGUACUGAUUCUGAGACCUGAGCCCGGUCCAGAGUUUGAGGUCAGCAUCUGGACCAAUCACAAUCCUCCAUUUCAGAACUUACACGCUGGAUCUUUCACAGUGUUAAUCAAUAGAUUAAUAAAGAGGAAUCAAUCAAAGACAUUACAUCAGUGGAUCAUAACUGAUAGAACAAACAGCAGGUCGUGUGUGUGUGUGUGUGUGUGAGUGUGUGUGUGUGCGUGAGAGUGUGUGUGUGUUUCACAGACAAGAGCGUAAACACUCAGUAUCUCUUCCAAAGACUCAAUCUAAAGUGUUAAUUUUUUAAAAUUCAUAAAGAGAAGUGAUUUUUGUUGUUGUUUAUUUCUUCAUUUUGUUGAGUGUGUUUUGUAAAAUGGGUGUGUUUUGUCAAUAAAGGAUAAAAUGGG